AUGUUAUUCGAUGUCCACCUAGUACUCUGUUUCAUUCGUCCAACAGCCUCCAGAGGUUUAAAUCUCGCCCACACGUGCCGAUCACUUAAGGGCAAGCCCAAUCAUUCCGGUGGUUUUUUGGUAUUUGCGCCAAGAAAGGCCUCAAUACCUCCACAUUGGCUAGGCGCAAUUCAUAGUGGGGUAUUUCUACAACAACCACAACAUAUGCGUGUAGAUCAGUAG